AUGGUCAAACCUUGUGAUCCAUCCAUGUCGGCUAGAAACUCGAUUGCUUCCCUAUCGUCUGGCUCAACGAAGGUUGAGACACGUCUCGUUGAUAUUCCAUCUAGAACGUCGUUCUGUUCUCAUGUAUCCGGUCAAGAAGGUGCUAUGAUUCCUAGUAGUAGCAGUAAAGACGAUGAUCUUCUUAGUUCAUCCAGUGAUGAAAUCGAAAAGAUGGCUAUGAAUACACUAGAACAUUUGGAAGAGACAAAAACCCCUGGUAUAUUAAAUCAUCAACUUGGCGAUAGCAAUAGCAAGGACAGCCCGACUAAAGAUCAACUAGGACCCGAGAAAUUGAAGGACACUGAAGAAGCUCAAGGCAUGCCUGAGCUUCGCUAA